AUGCUGGGUACGAAAUUCAGGCCCAUCACCAUAAUCGCGGUCGUGGUGGCGUACAUCAUCACGCUGCGACAAGAGAGAUGGACAAUACUUUGCUUCCUUCAAAGCUUUAUCGGCGCAUGGCUUGCCGCCUUCUCGUGCUGGGCCCUGUGGGCAACACAGCUAUACCCCAAAUUGUUCUCUCCGCUGCGUCAUCUGCCUGAGCCGAAGGGCAAUUCGUUUUGGCACGGGCAGUUCAAGAAGAUUAGUGAUGAGCCAGGCGGUGCUCCCAUGGUCGAGUGGGUACAUACUGUCCCCAACGAGGGCGUGAUCAAAUACAAGGGCUUCUUCAACCGCGAGCGCCUCCUCCCCGUCAGCCCCAAGGCCCUCGCUGAGGUCCUGGUCACCAAAAACUAUGAUUUUGCCAAGCCGGCGCAGAUGCGGACAACCAUCGGGCGCAUCCUCGGCAUCGGCAUCCUCCUGGCCGAGGGAGACGAGCACAAGGCCCAGCGCCGCAACCUCAACCCGGCCUUUGCUUUCCGUCACGUCAAGGACCUGUACCCCAUCUUCUGGGCUAAAUCGCGCGAGGCCGUCGAGGCCAUGACAACCAAGGUCUUGCAGGACUCGGACCGCGCGCACCAGCAAGGCAAGGGUAGCAAUGGCACCGCCACCCAAUCCACACCGACGGAUGACGAUAUCGCCAACGCCCAGCUGCCUCCCGGCACAGCAGUCAUGGAGGUCGGCCAAUGGGCUUCGCGCGCGACGCUCGACAUUAUCGGCGUGGCCGGCCUGGGCCGCGAUUUUGGAGCCAUCCGAGACCCGGACAGCCAGCUGAUUUCCACCUACCACUCUCUCUUCAAGCCGUCCCGCCAGGCACAAAUCCUCGGGCUGCUGCACGAGGUCAUCCCCGGUUGGAUCAUUACGCGGCUGCCCAUGCGGCGCAACAACGACAUCCACCAGGCCGCAAAAUUCAUCCGCAGCGUGUGUCGGGACAUGGUGAGGGAGCAAAAGGAGAAGCUCACCGCCGGAAAGGAUGAAAAGGGAUCGCAGGACAAAAACAUACUCAGCGUCGCGCUCCGCAGCGGCGGCUUUACCGACGACAACCUGGUCGACCAGCUCAUGACCUUCCUUGCCGCCGGGCACGAGACGACCGCUACCGCCAUGACCUGGGCCAUCUACAUGCUUUCGCGGUACCCCGAGGUGCAGGACAGGCUGCGGGAGGAGAUCAGGAGCAGGCUGCCGUCGCCGGAGUCUGGCGAGGGCGUCACGAGCAGCGACAUCGACAGCAUGCCGUACCUCAACGCUGUCUGCAACGAGGUCCUGCGCUACUACGGCCCCGUGCCCCUGACCAUCAGGGAGGCGGCCCGGGACACCAGCAUCCUGGGCAACUUUGUGCCAAAGGGGACCCGCAUCUUCAUUGGAAUCUGGGCCAUCAACAAGUCCAAGGAGCUCUGGGGUCCCGACGCAGACCAGUUCAAGCCCGAGAGGUGGCUGGACGACGAGAAGACGGCGACGGCGACUGCAACCGGCGGUUCCACCGAGAACGCGGACGGCUCCGAGUCGGAUAACCAAAGAGGCGGUGCGAAAAAGGCCGCGUCGGGCGGCGCCUCGUCCAACUACUCCUUCAUGACGUUCCUUCACGGCCCGCGGAGCUGCAUCGGGAGCGGCUUCGCCAAGGCCGAGUUCGCGGUGCUGCUGGCCGCCUGGGUCGGGCGCUUCCAGUUCAGGUUGCGGCACGACGAGGAGCACGACGAGGCCAAGGUCGUGAUAAAGGGGGGUGUCACGUCCAGGCCGGCCAAGGGCAUGCACGUCAAGGCCACGGUUCUAGAGGGAUGGUAG